AAGGAUCGCGUGCGGCUGCUUAAGGGAGUGUGACUACGGGGUGGUGGGCGAGAGGGAGAACCCAAAGGGAAGGGAUUGAGCUUUAUUUAUUUUCUGUAUAGCGAGCCGGUCGGGUCGCUUUUGCUGACACGGGUUUUCUAGACGUUUUGUGACGGUAGGGAGGAGCGUGAAAGAGUGAAAGAUCGAUUCGAAGCGAAUUGCUAGAUGGUGUUGGUGACGAGACUUACUUGCACGCGGUGCUAGAGGUUUUGUGCGCGUUCUUUUCACUUUCAGUUUCAACCGUGCAGCCAGCUCGAAACGUUCGUUCGUACUAACCCUUGGAUAAUCGGGUAGCUUAGUUUACAAAGUGUUACUAUUAAGCUUGUGUAGUGGUUAUUAAAGGAAAAAUGAUUGUCCGAUCAAGUGCUAUUCUGUCGAUCGUUGGUGCAUUCCUGUUGGCAAAUGGGGCUCCCUACGGUGGUGGACACGAUGAUGGGGAAUUUCGUGACAAAAAGUACGACGAGGAGAUAAAACAGGUGUCCAAAGUGGGCAAUACUUAUGUGGCUGCACUGGAAAUAUACGAUAAUCCACCAGAUCAGGACAAUGCUCGCAAGGAGGUGGACAAUUUCCCGUCCAACAUCUACAGCAAGUACGAUAAUCUGCAGCAGAAAGUGAAAAGCUUUUUCCAUGCUGAACCCAUCAUCGACAAUAUCAAAGAAUCGGACAAGUACGGCAAUACGGGCGAUCAGUUCUAUUUCAUCACGAAACCGCUGGUGGAAACGACCGCCAAGGUGAACAUGUUCAUCAACUCGGUGAUAGCGGCACCCAAGAAGCUGCUCGGUGGAUUGAAGAAACAGGCCAACGAAAAGCUGAACGACGUUGGUGCGGGAUUGGUUGGACUGUAGCGAUAAUAAAUUUUAAAAUAAUAAGGGAAAAAAUGUGUAAAUAUAGUAAAGUCAUAAGGUGCUUAAUCUUUACCAUAGGUUCUCUAAAGUUGUCUAUCGUGAUAUGCACAUUGCCAUCAUUGGGAAUAAAUCUAAAACCAAGCCACCUUCAUCAGCUAGAGUUAGCAAAUCCAAAAAAUAAACAAAUAAAUUUGAAUUGUUGAACAACUUAAA